AUGGCACCGACCUACGACAAAGAAAUGUUUAAUAUGUCUAUAAGUGUUAAUAAGGCACUAAAUCCCAUGGAGGCACCACUUAAAAUGAAACAUGCUCGCUUCAUUAUUAUAACAACCCACCGCGUCAAAGAAGCGAAAUCACUUUGGAUGAUUUUCACGCGCCAACCCUUGAUGGAGAAUCGUUUUACUGCAUGGAAAUUUUGUCAUCUACUACAUAAAGUACUGCGUGAGGGUCACGCAAGCGCUAUCAAAGAUUCACAGACGCAUAAGAAAAUGAUUUUAGAAAUGGGAAAAUUAUGGGGGCAUUUACAAGAUGGUGUUGGCAAUUGCAUACAAGCGUAUAGCAAAUUAAUUGUUACAAAACUAGAAUUUCAUGAAAAGAAUGUAUUAUUUCCCGGUUCGUUGUUGAUAGACUUUAAGGAAAUUGAAAAAGCAGCUAGUGAUGACAUCAACAUUUAUUUCCAACUGUGUGUUGAAAUCUUCGACUAUUUGGACGAUAUUUUGGAGGUGCAAUCUCGCGUAUUUACAUCAAUCAAUGCAUAUCGCAUGUCUUCCAUGACACCGCAGGGACAAUGCCGCCUCGCACCAUUAAUCACACUCAUACAAGAUUCGAAUCCGUUGUACGACUUGUGUGUACGCGUUAUGUUCAAAUUACAUGACAAGCUGCCAAAUGAUAUUUUAACCGGACAUCGUGAUCGCUUUCGUGAAUUAUUUUUCAAAAUUAAAUCAUUCUAUAAUAAUGUACGACCAUUGCAGUAUUUCUCUGAUUUGAUACAGGUGCCACAUUUACCCGAAUCGGCACCGAAUUUUACAUCGAAAGUAGAUUUUAAAAGUUAUGUACCACCAGUUAUGCAUGUUCAACCCGAUCCGGAGCCUCCUAUGGAUACUCUAGUAGAUACUAGUAUUUCACAAGAAUCCGCAAGUACACCAACUGCAACUGGACCAGAUGUAGCCGAUAGUGCUAUAUUGCAAAAUACCAUUAGAGAUUAUGAAUAUGCAUUACAAGAUGUUCAAUCAGAGUUGUUAACAGUCAAACAGAAUUAUGAAAUGAUGGAAAGAAAUUAUGAACAUGAAUUACAACAUUUGCGUAAUGAAAUCGGUGGCCUAACUACUGAAUUGGCUCAAUCAAAAGAGUUAUGUACCAAUAUGCAGGCACUGAAGGAUACUCUGGAGCAAAAGUUAAGCGAAACACCAGUUUUAAUGCAAAAAGCUACUGAAGAAGAACAAAAAGCCAAAACAUCAGAGGAAAAAUUUAAUAAACUGAAAGCGAUGUACACCCAAAUGCGAGAUGAGCAUAUAAAUUUACUGAGGCAGCAUGGUGAGUCUACAAAAAGUUUGAAUCGAGAAAAACUAGCGAACUCGGAAUUGCAUGCCGAAGUGGACAAUCUCAAAUUGCAAAUAACCGAAAUAAAAAAUGAACUUGAAAAGAGUGAAAAAAUCGGCAAUGAAAAACUUGAGCUAGCAACAGAAAUAGAAACAAUAAAACGAGAUUAUCAAAAACUGAAACAAGAGCAUGAGGAUUUGCGAAAGGAAUACCAAAGAUUUACCGACAAUAAGAAUAGCGAAAUAGCUGAGUUGUCUGUGAAAGCUGUGCAACUGCAAGCCGAAUCGAUGGCAUUGAUCGAAAGUCAAGCUAAGGUUGUACAGCUUGAGGAUAAGCUCAAUACGAUAAAUGAUACGCUUAACAAAGACCAAAUGGAACAUAGCGUUAUCGUCAACCAAUUUAAAAAAGACUUGGAGAACAAAAAUGACAAUAUAAUAGAGCUGCAAGCAAAACACGAGAAAGAGAUAUUAGAAAAAGUUAACAAAAUUAAGGCGUUGGAGUUGAGCAUAAAUGCCGUUGAAGCCAACUUAACGGAAAGCAAAGCAGUAGUUGCAAACCUUGAGACUGCGCAACAUACACACCUUGCAAAGCUUCAAGAACUGCAAGAGCAGAAAAGAAUUUUAGAGGCUAAUUUAAACACAGCCAAUACUGCAUUAGCAUCGGAAACGGCGGCAAAACUUAAAAGCGAAGAGGAAUACAAAAAUAAAAUUAAUUCUUUAUAUCAAAAGGUUUUGGGUACCAUCGAAUUCAUAACGGAAUCAAAAGUAAACGAAGUAAAUCAACCAAAUUUCGAUAAGACAAUAAAAUUGGUGGGCGAUAUGGAGAGGUCAUUACAGCUAACGGACAAAAGCUAUAAACAAUGUGCUGAGAAUAAACAAGUUGUUGAGGAUGUCACGCAACAGACAAUACAUUUGGUUAGCGUUUUCAUAACGUUGCAUGAACAGUGCCUCUUGAUAUAUAAUACAACCACCGAUAUAGGCAAAGGCGAAGAUAUUUAUAAUCAAAUCAAUAAUGUAAAGGACCCACUGCUCACACUUUUACGACAAAUUAAAAAUUUCGAAAAUAUUUCUAAAUUUGAACAUUCCAUUGAGGAUAUUAGACAGAAACUAAGUUUAUUAAAUAAAUCUGUAGCCGAACUCAACAAUGCCAACAGCAAACAUAUUGAGCUGGGAGAUUUGGUAGAGAAUGAAUUAGCUGAAAUGGACAAGGCUAUCGAAGAGGCUGCGGCGAAAUUUGUCGAAUUGCUUUCAAGUGCACGUUCCAAAGAUGAGGGUAUAAAACUGGAAGUGAAUGAGAAAAUUUUGGAUGCCUGCACAUUCCUAAUGCAGUGUAUUAAAUUAUUAAUACGUAAGGCAAAAGCUCUGCAGGGAGAAAUCGUGUCAGCCGGUAGAGGAACCACCUCCGUCAAGGAGUUCUAUAAACGCAAUAGCCAAUGGACGGAGGGCUUAAUAUCCGCUUCAAAGAGUGUUGCCAAAGGUGCCAAUCUACUUGUCGAAGCUGCCAACAAAGCUAUCGUAUCCGAGUCAACACAAAACUUUGAAUUAAUAGUGGCUGCGCAAGAAAUUGCCGCCUGUACUGCCCAAUUGGUAAUCGCGAGUAAAGUGAAGGCGCCGAAGGAGAGCCAAAAGUUGGGUGACUUAACAAAAGCCUCACGUGAUGUGUCACAAGCCACCGGUCAAGUUGUGGCCACCGUUAAGGAUUGUAAUCAAUCUUUAGAGCAGCUGCAAGAGGUCGACUUCACCAAGCUAACAUCGUCGCAAGCAAAAACCAUGGAAAUGGAAAUACAUGUAAAAGUCUUAGAACUGGAACAAGCAUUACAGAUGCAACGUUUAAAAUUGGCAUCAUUCCGACGAAAGCAUUACCAAAAUUCCGACGAUUAAAAUCGUUAUGUACAUAAAUACAUACAUGUAAAAUUAGGUUUGUGUCUUUUUUAUCUUACUUUGACAAUUAUUUCUAGCUUAAGCUGUACAAAAUGUUUAUUAUUUACUAAUAAAGUAUUAAAGCAUAA